CUACGCGAUUCAUUUAAGCGAGCUGGUUUUGCGGAUGCAACUCUCGAUGAGUACAAUUUACGACCAUGUCCACUUGGUACUUUUGUCAAUGCAAGUCGUCUAGACUGCGUCGAAUGUCCCGCAGGUAAAAUAUAUAUUGUGUUACAUGAUUAUUAUCAGAGCUUUUUCUUGUCUUAUGGUGAUGAUAAAUUUAAAUCACAAACAGGAGUGGUAGAAUUCGAGUUCUGGCGUUUUACUGACUUCGACAAUAGAGAGGUUAAGCAUCACGUUUACGUCUAAUGGCAAACGCGAAUUUGAAUCACGUGACUAAGUUUCCCAACAACAACAUAUCCUUUAUUUAAACACGACACGAUUUAAAGGUCAAAGCUUGUGGGGUCGUGUAAAAGCAAUUACAAAUGAAUAUAGAACUAUAAUAAAAAUAGGGAUAACGUUACUCACAAAAUACAACUACAACAAAAACUCUAAAAAUAUACAGUAAGAUUUUAAAAAAGGUACAAUUUUAAAAUGAAUUUACAUUAGUUACCACUAAGUAACUUGACUACAGCAUUUUAAACAUAAAACAGUUAAAAACAUUUAAACUCUUGGUUGUGUCUAAGCAGCGACUGGACCGACUGUGCGCUAAAAUCAAGUUCCUUAAAAGAAGAGUCCUUCUUCACUUUGCGAUAAAAAACAGUAAACUGGCCUGUAAGAUGAGUCGAGAACCGUGUUCCAAAGAAUAGCGCCCCUAUAGCUAAUAGAGUUUUUAAGAUACUGCGAGUUAAAACGCUGGGCAAUUAUGUUAUUACUACUUCUGAAAUUGUACUCAGUGCAAGAUGUAUUUGUCAAGUAUGAUAGAGCCGCAGGUGCUAAACCGAUAAACACGCUAUGGAGUAGUUUAAUUAAUUAAUAAUUUUAUAAUAUAAGAUUAAAGUAUUCCAAUUCAAAUUUCUGUAUACUUCAUCAGUAGGCACACCGCAGGGCAAGUUGUAUAUUAUUCUGGCUACCCUACAGUCAAGUACUUCCAGUGAAUGUAGAAGGUCCGCAUUAGGGCAUCCGCCCCAAAACAACCAAGUCCAUACAAAAAUGAUGGUAAUAUUAUCUUGGAGUACAAGUCCAAUAGGGCGUUUCUGCACAAGAACGAACUCCUUUUCAGUAGCUUCAGUUUGUUUACAAAAUUCUCUUUUACAUCUGUAAGGUGAUGUGACCAGGAAAGCCUGUCAUCGAUAGUAACGCCUCUCCAAUAGACAUAGAAUUUAGCCGCCCGAAGUGCGGUUUUGUCAUCAAUAGCAUAGCUUUGCACUUUGCCGAGUGAGGAGUUAAAGAGUUCUCUAGGCACCAACUGUUCAGUUCCGAUAAAGCUUUGUUUAAAGAAGUGACAGUGUUAUUAACAGUGUCCCCAAUGCAAUAAACGGUGGUGUCCUCCACUCACAUAAAGACGGAGCCAGAGGUAACAGCACUUGGUAGGGCAUUGGUGUACAAGGUGAACAACGUUGGGCCAACACUUUCCCUUUAAUUGUCGUUUACUUUUCAUUAUUUCAACACAUAAAUUGGUAGUUUCAUGCAAUUUUUUAUCCAUAAGAAUUGUUUUGAGCUGUUUUUAUCUGCUCAUUUUCUAUUUUCAGAAAUUCUCAACUUGAAUCUGACGUUCGCCGCUUACCGUAUACUUGAUGCUCAAACUCUCUUCUGUCUCUAUUCAUAAAAACGCAAAAACUAGUACUAACUUUACCAGUAUCCAGCCAGCCACGUUUAUUGGACUCUUAAUACGACCAGAUGCUAGCUUUUUUUUCGUACGCCAUGCAAUAGUAAAGUACGUCCAGAGAAACCAAUUAUACUACGGGAAUUCUACGUUAUUUGUAGGUCAUGGAAUUUAAAAACGAACGUCGGACCAAAAACCAAGGAACCCGGCAAUUUUACCCCAAACUAACUACUUCUUGUCGGCUCUGUAGAUCCAUUUUGCUCAUAUUUUGGGACUACAAAAUUAAAUUUGUUUCAAGGACACUUUCACUCUGAUUACACUUUCUUAUAGGAGGCUUCUAUUCGGAUACCAUAGCGUUUGUCAAUGACAGCUGCCUCAGAUGUCCAAAUGGAACUUUUGUCCCAUACAGUAAGGCGCCUGGCAAAAGCGCCCGUGAGUGCAUUGCUUGUCCGCAAGGUAGGCAUAUUUUAUAG